AAUUAUAUGAUAUAAAGUCCUUAUCUUUAAACGGUCUUUAAUGUAGAACAACGUUUAAGCCGAACUGACGAUAGACUGGAAGGUUAUUUAAAAACAAAAUGAAGGGGAUUUUAUUUCUUAUAUUCACUUUCGUUUGUACACUGACUGCAGCUGAAGAAGAUAAGGAUGGUGUCAUGUUACAAAGACUUACCGCUACUGAAAAUCUUGUUCAAGAUCUUCUUCAUGAAGUGAAUGAUUUGAAAUCUCGAGAUAAGGUCCGACAGAACAAGGUUGCGUACUUAGAGAAACAGCUUCGUUUACAGCGACAGCACAGCUUCAACUUGGAUAAAAUGAUAAAGAAAUUAAAGUCAUGUAACAAAAAUGAAGAUUCAGAUCUAGCUAAAGUGUCCGAAGUUGAAACGUCCGUGAAAUCUACAGUUGAGAGGGAUCAAGGUGACUUUAAGAAUAGAAUACGUAGACAGAACGUUGAAAGUCCAAUUGCCUUCUUUGCUAAAAUGGAUGCUCAUCUGGAACAUGCUGGCAUACAUCAAACCGUAGUAUUUGACGUGGUCGUAACUAACAUUGGAAACGCAUACAACAAACAUGUCGGUGUCUUUGUUGCUCCCGUAGCCGGAACUUACGUAUUCUCGACAACUCUUGUUUCCCGCCAUUUUGCCAGUGCGCAUGCGCAAUUUGCUGUAAAUGGAACAGCUAUUACAAAUAUGUACGUAAGCGGAGGAAACUCUGGGAGUGGAGAUGAUACGACCAGUCAAACUAUUGUUCUUCAGCUACAGCAAGGUGAUGACGUAGCAAUUCAAAAUCUUGACUCCGACAAAGGUUUCUAUGGAGUCAGUCACAGCACAUUUUCUGGAUUUUUAUUGUACGAAGGUUUCUCUCCUUCAGCUAUAAUAGGAAAAUAAUUAUUAUUAUAAAGCACAAUAAAACUGAAGGAUUAAAAAACAUUGUCAUUAAUUCAAA